AUGAGAUUUUUGUUUUUGUCUAUCUUAUUGUCAAUCUUGUCUAUCAUUAAUGCUCACAAUGUGUUAUUGCCUCCGUAUGGGAAACAAUGUUUUUUCGAAAAUUUAAAGAAGAAUGAUGAGUUGUCGAUUAGUUUCCAAGUUGGAUCAAGAAAUCCUUCAAAUGCUGAACAAUUUGUGAUUGAUUUCUAUGUUAUCGCUCCAAAUGGCCAAAUUGUGAGAAGAGUGGAUGCCCUCGACCACGGUGACGAGUCGUACAAGACAACAACAAGUGGUAAAUAUCAGUACUGUUUUUCAAACGAAAGAACAGGAAGAGUUGAUUUAGAUGUUUCUUUUAAUGUUCAUGGUGUUAUUUAUGUUGAUUUCGAUGAUCCAAAAUCCGACACCUUGGAUUUUGCAAUUCUGAGAUUGAGUCAAUUGACAUACGAUGUCAAAGCAGAACAGUCCUAUUUAGUAAUUAGAGAAAGAACACACAGAAAUACUGCUGAAUCAACUAACUCUAGAGUUAAGUGGUGGUCGUUAUUUCAAAUAGUGGUGGUUGCUUCCAAUUCGAUUUUUCAGAUCUACUACUUAAGGAGAUUUUUCGAAGUUAGAGCUGUUGUUUAA